AUGACGACCUUACCUUCAACCCAUGACUGUAUUGGAUGCGCUUCUUGUCCAGGUUUUGCUGGGUACGAGAAAGAGCUUAUUCAACGAACCCGCGAGUUCAUGGGAGACGUCAAAUGGAAGCGACUUGAGGCAAUAUGCUGCAAGCUGGGAAGCUCGCCAUGUCACCUUACGAUGGAGGUCGUGACUGGCCAGUACGAUAUGACAAGGCGGGCACUGUUCAAUGACGGCAGGUCAAUGACUAUUCGCCUUGGUAUGCCUUCCUACAGUUUCAUGCAUGCUUCCCGGGACAUGAAAAUGGAACUGCGCUCGGAGGUUGCAACUAUGAAAUUUUUCAAAGCACGAACCUCCAUUCCGGUCCCUGAGAUUUAUCACUUCGAACCAGACGAACACGAUAUUGGAGCACCAUAUUUCAUUAUGGGAUACAUACCGGGCGAGAUAGCGUUUGAUGGUCACAAUCAAACAAACGACCCUUUGUAUGGGCUUGGGACCCGUGAGCAGGACCAAAACUUCCGACGCCAACUGGCAGCAAUUCAAGUCGAACUGGCAUCCAUCAAGUUCGAUAAGAUAGGAUCUCUGUAUGAAAAUCAAGAAACUGGAGAGUUCUACAUUGGCCCUGACAGUGAGACAGGGCAGGGUCCUUGGGGGUCGUCUCUUGAGUACUACCGCUAUCUUGCCAACGAAACACUGCAGAAUUGUCUCCGGUAUGCACCAGAAGAUACGAAAGACGACAUUUCUUUUUCACUUCCGGUCAUUUUUGAACGACUCGUCGCAAUGUACACCGAAGAGAGCUCGAUCCCAGGGCCAUUUGGCCUUACACAUGAGACAUUCGGGGCUUCAAAAACUCUUGUCAAUGAGCAGUUCGACAUUAUGACGUUUAUCCGUUAUCGGGGCUUUCUUUCUGGCCCCAUUGAGCUCCAAGCACAGUUUCCUCUUUUUAGCAGGACUGGAGAUACUACCGCCAUUCCACGUCGAAACCAGGCCUCCUGCAAUCAAGAGAAACAAACUUGCAAAGCGCAGGAUCGAAGAGUACAAGCGCAUGGUUCAGGAGCAUGA